AUGGCGCUGCCCUGGGCCCUCGCCGUCCUGAGCCUCCUUCCUCUGCUGAGUGCCCAGAGCCCAGAAUGUGCCAACUUCACGGCGAAGCCCAUCACCAAUGUCACUUUGGACUGGCUCUCUGGCAAGUGGUUCUAUAUCGCUUCGAUCUUACGACACCCUGAGUUCAAUCAGUCCCUUAAAAGUAUCGACUCGUACUUCUUCUACUUUGCCCCCAACAAGACGGAGGACAAGAUAUAUUUCAGAGCGUACCAGACUGUUGGGGACCGCUGCAUUUACAUCAGUACUCACUUUUUGGUCCACCGGAAGAAUGGGACAAUGGUCACCAAAGAAAAUGACACAGAAGUUCAUGCCCACCUACUACUCAGCAAGAACCCCAGGACCUUCAUGUUAUCCUUCUUUCCAGAGGACAAGCAGAAAAUGGGAAUUGCCAUCUAUUCUGACAAGCCCCAGUUGAGUGAGGAGCAGCUGAAUGAGUUCCAUGAAGUCAUGGAGUGCUUGGGCAUGCACAAGUCGGAGAUGAUACUCACUGAUGAGAAAAAGGAUCAGUGUGGGCCGCUGGAGAAGCAGCACGAGGAAGAGAGGAAGAAGGAGCAGGAGGGGGCCAAAGAAGAGUGAGCACUGGGUUAGAACAUCAGGGAAUUUGGGGGUCAUUUCCAGCUCUUUCCCCACUCUUUGAACCUCGGUUCCUUCCCUCAGAUGUAUCAACAAAGUCUACUUU